UUGUUGAAUUGAUGGAUAACAGCCUACGUUGAUGAUAUAGAACAUCUGAGAGCGGUGAAAAGUGUAUUCUAUUCUGUUUCGGCAUUUCACCGUACACUCACACACAAACACAUACAAGCAAGCUGUACACGACCUAUCUAUCGAUAUUUUGGCGUGUAGAACUACACAGACAAGCGGAUACACCGUUUGCAAAGGGCUCGCUUCAGAAUCGGCAACACAAAUGCACACGACGAAAGCGUUUCAAUAGGAAGAAAAAGGAGAAGAAAGGCCACACGCAUGUGCAAUACACAUUCAAAUCCAAAUUCAAUCGUGCCGUCGAAAAUAUCGUUCUUUCGUUUCGAAUACGUUUUGCGGACAAACUGAAUAGCGACACAUUUUUGCGCGUGUAAUUGGAAAUAAAAAAAAUCGUUUGAAAAAAUGGGCAAGGAAAAGUUUCAUAUUAACAUUGUCGUCAUUGGACACGUAGACUCUGGUAAAUCCACUACAACCGGUCAUUUGAUCUACAAAUGCGGCGGUAUCGACAAACGUACCAUCGAGAAAUUCGAGAAGGAGGCUCAGGAAAUGGGCAAAGGCUCAUUCAAAUAUGCCUGGGUCUUGGAUAAAUUGAAGGCUGAACGUGAACGUGGUAUCACCAUCGAUAUUGCUCUGUGGAAAUUCGAAACGGCCAAAUACUACGUUACCAUCAUCGAUGCUCCAGGCCAUCGUGAUUUCAUUAAAAACAUGAUCACCGGUACGUCACAAGCUGAUUGUGCCGUCCUUAUCGUUGCUGCCGGCACUGGCGAAUUCGAAGCUGGCAUUUCAAAGAAUGGACAAACGCGUGAGCAUGCAUUGCUUGCAUUCACUUUGGGUGUGAAGCAAUUGAUUGUAGGCGUCAAUAAGAUGGAUUCAACUGAACCGCCGUACAGUGAAACACGUUAUGAAGAAAUUAAGAAGGAAGUCUCUUCCUACAUCAAGAAAAUCGGUUACAACCCAGCCGCUGUGGCGUUCGUUCCAAUUUCUGGAUGGCACGGAGACAACAUGCUUGAACCAUCCGACAAGAUGCCCUGGUUCAAGGGAUGGGCUGUUGAACGCAAGGAAGGAAAAGCCGAAGGAAAAUGCUUGAUUGAAGCUCUUGAUGCCAUUUUGCCACCGUCGCGCCCAACCGACAAAGCAUUGCGUUUGCCAUUGCAAGAUGUUUACAAGAUUGGCGGCAUCGGUACUGUGCCAGUCGGCCGUGUCGAAACAGGCAUCUUGAAACCAGGCAUGGUCGUGGUCUUUGCCCCAGCUAACAUCACCACUGAAGUCAAGUCCGUUGAAAUGCACCACGAAGCUUUGGCAGAAGCAUUACCAGGCGAUAACGUUGGCUUCAACGUGAAAAAUGUCUCUGUUAAGGAAUUGCGUCGUGGCUAUGUGGCAGGAGAUUCAAAGAAUUCACCACCAAGGGGAGCACAAGAUUUCACCGCACAGGUCAUUGUUCUUAACCACCCAGGUCAAAUAGCCAAUGGAUACACUCCCGUGUUGGAUUGCCACACCGCUCACAUUGCGUGCAAAUUCGCAGAGAUCAAAGAAAAAUGCGACCGUCGUUCGGGCAAAACAACCGAAGAAAAUCCCAAGGCCAUCAAAUCUGGCGAUGCAGCCAUUAUUAAUUUAGUUCCAACUAAGCCGCUGUGCGUUGAAUCGUUCCAAGAAUUUCCACCUCUUGGACGCUUUGCUGUUCGUGACAUGCGUCAAACCGUUGCAGUCGGUGUCAUCAAAUCGGUGAACUUCAAAGAGGCUGCAACUGGAAAAGUCACAAAAGCCGCUGAGAAAGCCCAAAAGAAGAAAUAACUAGGCCAAUGCCGAACUAGUGAAUUACAGCAGCAUCAACGUUCAAUUGAUGAUUUCAUCAGCGAUAAUUCCGAUAAAAAACAACUACAAUUAUUAUCCAACAGCCGUCAGACUUCUUCAUCAUAUAACAAUUACCAUUGUAACAGCACCAAUACCUACACAUGUUUUGAUCAAGCCAAAUGCACAUCCAAACAGCAUCAUGACCACCACAUCAAGUUUAAUUCAAGACUCAUUGUUAAAUUGUUGGGCAUUUUCGGUGUAAGCAGUAUUUUAAAACGACAUCGCAAAUUUUUCCGCAGGAAAGAACAAACAACAGCAUAAACGAUGCACACACGGGAAUGCAAACACAUUUGAUAAUCGAUCAUUUUAGUUGAAAUAGACAUUUUUAAUUUUAUCGAUUGAAAUGUUUUCAGUUUUGUUUUGUGGAUUCAAUUAAUUUAUUAUUAGAAUCCCAAUUCCAAAUCUGAACGAAAAAACUCUAAUCAAGACAAAACACAUUCAAAAAGACAGAUCAAAACCGUAACAAUCUCAAUUUUAUAAAAAAAAAUGGAAGAAAAAAAAACAUCUGACCCAAAUUUUCUAAAUUACGUUUAAAUAAUUACUAGUUUUUAUACUUUAAGUUAAUUUGUUUUUUUUUUUGGAUUUUUUCUGCUGAGACGAAAAUAAAAACACAAUGUCACAAGCAAGUGAUCAAAUCAAAUUUUACAGCGACAUUUUAUGGAACUAUUAAAGCAUUUACUGGCUUGAGAAAACAAA